AUGAUCGAGAAGACCGCCACCGAGGUUGUCACAAAGACUCCAACGGAUAGGAGCGAGUCUCUAGAUAAUCAUCAUGAUGCGGAAGCAGAGAAGCGGCUUCUUCGGAAAUGCGACCUCCACGUUGUACCAAUUCUGACAUUCCUAUUCUUACUUGCCUUUCUCGAUCGAAUCAACAUUGGAAAUGCUCGGCUGCAAGGGCUGGAGAAGGACCUCAACAUGAGCGGCCGGGACUAUAACAUUGCGCUCUUGAUAUUCUUCAUUCCGUAUAUUCUCUGCGAGCUCCCCAGCAAUUUGAUCCUGAAGAAGGUUGCACCAUCAACUUGGUUAAGUGGGAUAAUUGCGGCAUGGGGCGUAGUAACCAUUUGCCAGGGGGUCACAAAGAGUUUCGCAGGCUUGGUGGUGUGCCGGUUCCUUUUGGGAAUCUUUGAAGCUGGAUUCUUUCCUGGAUGUGUCUACCUUAUUUCCAUGUAUUACAGACGACACGAACUCCAGAAACGAGUCAACUUCUUCUUCUCGGCGAGCAUCAUCGCUGGUGCUUUCAGUGGAUUACUCGCCUAUGGAAUUGCUCGCCUAGAUGGCACAGCAGGGUACAGUGGAUGGCGCUGGAUUUUCAUACUCGAAGGGCUUGCUACCGUCGUCUUUGCCCUUGCGUCAAAAUUCUUCAUCGUGGAUUGGCCCGAGACGGCCAAGUUUUUGAACGAUGACGAGCGGAAAAUGCUCCUUGCCCGUCUAACUCUUGAUAACAAUGGAGCUCAAAUGGACCGUCUUGAUAGACCUGCUUUGAAGCGUUGUCUAUUUGAUGUCAAGAUCUAUCUUGGAAUGGCUAUGUACUUUGGGGCUGUGACAUCCGGAUAUGCCACGGCUUUCUUCACGCCUACCAUCCUACAUCAAUUCGGCUGGGCUCCCCUCAAAGCCCAGGUGAUGAGCAUCCCCAUCUUCGUUCUAGCAACUAUCAUCACACUGACAGUAGCCUGGAUUUCUGAUGCUAUUCGUCACCGCUUUGCUUUUACAAUUAUAGGCUGUGCCAUUGCAACCGUCGGCUACGUUUUACUUAUCUGUCAGCAACAUGUCCCCAUAGGAGCCCGGUACUUUGCAGUCUUCGCAAUCACAAUCGGCACAUUUAUCACGCAACCAAUUUGUGUAACGUGGCUCAGCAAUUGUAUGGCUGGACAUUAUAAGCGAUCAUUUUCCACAUCCUUUCAAGUUGCGUUUGGUAACUUUGGUGGUCUGGUUGCAAGUAACGUCUUUUUUGACUCGGAGAAACCCCUAUACCCGACCGGUUUUGGUACGACUCUGGGAUGUCUUUGGGUUUGCGGGAUAGCUUGCGUUUUGCUCCUUUUAUUUCUUAUUCGAGAGAAUAAAAUUCGUAACGCGGGAGGACGGGAUUAUCGACUUCAGCUACCGGAGGAUGAAGUUAACAACCUGGGUGAUGACCACCCCUCAUUCAGAUUUUCUUAUUAA